AUGCCUUACCUACGCGUCGGCUAUGUCAACAGCCGUGGCCUAAAUGAGGAGAAUUGGCAAGAGCUGCGACGAUGGGUCGAGCGGGACGUCUUCGACCUAGCGACGGUGGCGGCGACGGUGAGGCCGGUAGAGCGGACGGGAUCGCGGUACAAGGGAGGGAUGUGUGUGUUAGCGUCCGCCGCGGUGGCGUCUCGUAUCGAGGAGGUGGUGACGGUGGAGGAGACGGCUAUCACGAUCCGAAUCGAUAGCUGGCAGAUCUCGGGCGUCUACCUCCCGCCUACCCUGCCACCCGACCAAGUCUAUACCGCCCUUGCUGGCCUCGCCGCCUCCGAUGUCGUCCUCGGCGACUUCAACAUCCACUUCAGCCUGCGAUACUAG